AUUUGUCUUCAUAUUCUUCACCACUCUCAUCUGAUCUCACCUCUGUCAAGCACCCACCACCAUUGUUCCCUCUUCCUCUUCUUCUCCCUCUCUUAGCUGCACCACUCUUUCUGUUCUGCUCAGUAUCGCUAACAACCCCUCUCUAUCUCACCAUUCUCUGUUCUGAGCCGUUCUUCUUCCUCUAGCUAGCUAACAUGGCUGCUCUAGCUCUUGCAGUGCUUCUCUUGGCCUUCUCUGGUUCCACAAGUGCUAAUUGGUGUGUUUGCAAAGAAGGAAGUGACACAAUCCUUCAAAAGACACUGGACUAUGCUUGUGGAGCUGGGGCUGACUGUACCCCCAUCCAUCAAAACGGACCUUGUUUCAACCCUGACAACGUUAGGGCUCACUGCAGCUACGCCGUGAACAGUUUUUUCCAAAGGAAAGGUCAAGGCCCAGGGACCUGUGACUUCGCCGGAACGGCCACCGUUACUGCAUCUGACCCCAGUAGUUCUGGUUGUGUCUACCCUUCAAGCGCUAGUAAUGCAGGCACUGGUACAGCCCCUACAACUGGGACAACCUCACCAACCACAGGCACAGGCUCUCCUUACACCGGUGGGACUGGGACUGGGACUGGAACUGGCACUGGCACUGGCACUGGCACUGGCACUGGGACAGGAACUGGAACCGGGACAACCACCGGCUCAGGCACUACCACAACAACGGCAACGCCUUAUGGUUCAACGCCGGGGGUAUUAGGAGGGAUUGGCAAUGGCAUGGGACCUACUGGAGCUGGCAUGACCACUGAUGACACUAGUGAUGGGGGGCUGAGACUUGUGGGCCAUAUCUUAGUCUCUGCAUUCUCAAUCCUCUUCUCAGGCUUCAUGAUGAUGAUGAUGAGGCUCUAGUGGGCGGGGCUGGGAAAUAUUUGAAGGAUGAGAGCAGUGAGUGGGAUAUGACUCUGGCCAUCAAUGAUGGGGUUUACAUGAUGCUGUGUUUUCACUGUGCAGAAGUGAUUAACUAGGUGUUGAACUUUGAACUUGAACUAGGAACAUGAGGUCUUUAUAAAUUAGUUUUGGGUUCUGUUAUCUGCUACCUCAUGGGCUUUUGAUUCUUUUCUGAGUAGUAGUGUUGCUUAUGGGAUUCUCUUCUGUUCUCUCUAUUUUUCCAAUUCUCUUCAUGUACAUCUUCUGGAUCUUCUCUAAGAGGUUAGUUAAUUACUUUGAUAAGAACUUGGUCU